GGGGUCUUUGAUGCCUCAGACCUGAGAGUCUUUUGCAUAAAACCAUUGUACUGUCUCCACAGUCCAACAAGGUUCAUUGCCUUCUGCUGCAGUCAGUCUGUCCUUAAUCUCCCUCACCCCUACCUCGUAUCAGCAGUCAAGGUCCUCAGGGUCCCCCCCUUUGCCUCACCCAUCACGCACACCCCAUUCAAAGCCACAGUCUCUGGGUGCCUUUGUCAGUUUCCUCAAAGGCAAUGCCACAGGGAAGCUGAGGAAACAGCAAAGGGAUCUCACUCACCUUGGACUGGCCUGUCACAGCCAAUGGAGACCCUCCUAGUCCCAUCAGCACCCCCAGACUUGCCUGAGUAGAGACCCUCUCAUGCCACUGAUACACCCCUAAACUUUCCUCACUAUCCUCUGGUCCUCACAGGGGUUCCAUAGCUUCCUCUGGACACCAGCUCCAAAUGGAGAUGGACGGCUGGGCUCAGAGCAGUGAGCAGGAUUGCCACCCCCUCUCAGCCCCUUCUCCUUCCACAGGCACCUUUUGGCUUUGAGGCUGGGACAUCAGGGGUCCUUGCCAGCCUCAGAGUCUGAGCAGAGCUCAGCACCAUGAGCCUAGAGAAGCCCCAAGAGGAAAGGCCUGAGGAAGACACAGGGAGAACAGAAAGGAAGCUCAUGAUCAAAGAUGCUUUUAAAGACAUUUCCAUAUACUUCUCCAAGAAGGAAUGGACAGAGAUGGGAGACUGGGAGAAAAUCCGAUACAGGAACGUGAAAAGAAACUAUGAAAAGCUGAUUACUAUAGGUCUCAGAGCCCCUCGACCAGCUUUCAUGUGUCAUCGCAGGCAGGCCACCAAAUCCAAAUUAGAUGACACUGAGGAUUCUGAUGAAGAAUGGACUCCAAGGCAGCAAGUCAAACCUUCUUGGAUGAUCUUCAGAGUGGAAAAAAGUAAACACCAGAAGGGGGUGCUCAAGCAACCAGUACACAGUGAAUCUAGCUUCAAGGAAUUGUCAGAAACAGCAAAUUUGCUAAAUACAAGUGACUCAGAGCAGGCUCAGAAACCAGUAUCCCCUCUUGAAGAAGCAGUUGCCACUGGACAGCACUCAAAGAAAAAAAUGGAAUUCAGAAGAAAAGAAACUUUAGUGAAGAUGUACAGCCUUCGAGAAAGAAAGGACCACGCAUACCAGGAGGUCAGCGAGCCCCAGGAUGAUGACUACCUCUACUGUGAGACCUGUCAGAACUUCUUCAUUGACAGCUGUGCAGUUCAUGGGUCCCCUGUGUUUAUAAAAGAUAAGGCAGUGGACAAAGGGCAUCCUGACCGCUCAGCCCUCACUCUGCCCCCUGGGCUGACAAUCAGACCAUCAGGCAUCCCUGAAGCUGGACUUGGAAUUUGGAAUGAGGGUUCUGAUCUGCCAGUGGGUGUGCAUUUUGGCCCCUAUGAAGGCCAAAUCACAGAUGAUGAAGAAGCAGCCAACAGCGGAUACUCCUGGCUGAUCACCAAAGGGCGAAACUGUUAUGAGUAUGUGGAUGGAGAAAAUAAAUCUUGGGCCAACUGGAUGAGGUACGUGAACUGUGCCAGGAAUGAUGAAGAGCAGAACCUGGUGGCCUUUCAGUAUCACAGGCAGAUCUUCUACCGAACCUGCCGGGUCAUCCAGCCAGGCUGUGAACUGCUGGUCUGGUAUGGGGACGAGUAUGGCCAGGAGCUGGGCAUUAAAUGGGGCAGCAAGUGGAAGAAAGAGCUCACAGCAGAGCAAGAAUCAAAGUCAGAAAUCCACCUAUGUCCCUCCUGCUCUCUGGCCUUCUCUGCUCAGAAAUUCCUCAACCAACAUGUGAAGCAUAGUCAUCCUUCUCAGAUCCUCCCAGGAACAUCUACAAGAAAACAACCCCAAGUAGAGAAUCCCUGCUUAAGCAAUCAGAAUCAACAGAAGCAACAUUCUAAUUUUCAGAAUCAGCAUGACAGUACUGAAAGUCAAGAAGCCAUAGAAAAGUUCAAACCCUUGCUAAAAAUGAUAAAGCAGAAGACAAUUUCAAAUGGUUUUUCCAAAUUACCCAAAGAACAAAUAGGGAGCUCUAGGGAGCAUGAGAAAACAAAGGAGGAAGAGUCCAACAGCUGUCAGAAAAUGAAUCCAGAAGACACCAGUGAAUUACUUGUGGGGCUAGGAAUGUCAAGAAUUGUAAGAGACAAAUAUGAAGGAUCUGGGAAAAACUAUUAUGACAUGUCACAUAUCAUCACACACCAGAAGACACACACAGGGGAGAAGCCCCAUGUUUGCAAGGAGUGUGGGCGAGGCUUCAGUGAAAAGUCAAGUCUCAUCGCACACCAGAGGACACACACAGGGGAGAAGCCCCAUGUUUGCAGGGAGUGUGGGCGAGGCUUCAGUGAAAAGUCAAGUCUCAUCGCACACCAGAGGACACACACAGGGGAGAAGCCCCAUGUUUGCAGGGAGUGUGGGCGAGGCUUCAGUCGAAAGUCAGGUCUCAUCAGACACCAGAGGACACACACAGGGGAGAAGCCCCAUGUUUGCAGGGAGUGUGGGCGAGGCUUCAGUGAAAAGUCAAGUCUCAUCGCACACCAGAGGACACACACAGGGGAGAAGCCCUAUGUUUGCAGGGAGUGUGGGCGAGGCUUCAGUGAAAAGUCAAGUCUCAUCGCACACCAGAGGACACACACAGGGGAGAAGCCCCAUGUUUGCAGGGAGUGUGGGCGAGGCUUCAGUGAAAAGUCAAGUCUCAUCGCACACCAGAGGACACACACAGGGGAGAAGCCCCAUGUUUGCAGGGAGUGUGGGCGAGGCUUCAGUCGAAAGUCAGGUCUCAUCAGACACCAGAGGACACACACAGGGGAGAAGCCCCAUGUUUGCAGGGAGUGUGGGCAAGGCUUCAGUCAAAAGUCACAUCUCAUCACACACCAGAGGACACACACAGGGGAGAAGCCCCAUGUUUGCAGGGAGUGUGGGCGAGGCUUCAGUGAAAAGUCAAAUCUCAUCAGACACCAGAGGACACACACAGGGGAGAAGCCCCAUGUUUGCAGGGAGUGUGGGCGAGGCUUCAAUGAAAAGUCAAGUCUCAUCGCACACCAGAGGACACACACAGGGGAGAAGCCCCAUGUUUGCAGGGAGUGUGGGCGAGGCUUCAGUGAAAAGUCAAAUCUCAUCACACACCAGAGGACACACACAGGGGAGAAGCCCCAUGUUUGCAGGGAGUGUGGGCAAGGCUUCAGUCAAAAGUCACAUCUCAUCACACACCAGAGGACACACACAGGGGAGAAGCCCCAUGUUUGCAGGGAGUGUGGGCGAGGCUUCAGUGAAAAGUCAAAUCUCAUCAGACACCAGAGGACACACACAGGGGAGAAGCCCUAUGUUUGCAGGGAGUGUGGGCAAGGCUUCAGUCAAAAGUCACAUCUCAUCACACACCAGAGGACACACACAGGGGAGAAGCCCCAUGUUUGCAAAAAGGAUAUAUGAGUCAUUCACAAUAAAUCACAGCUCAACAACCACAAAGAAUUAAUGUAACCACCACACAUUUCACACAUGCAACUCUGAAGAGACUUUGGAGAAAGUUUACUGGCCAUUUAUACUAUCCACGAGUCUACUGAAUGCAGCGAGAUGUGCCUCAACAAACCCUAAUCUUUCAUGACAAGAAAUGAGGUAGACAAAUGGGAGCUGUGUUAAGUACUUCAGAGAUGCUGAUACCAUGGCUUAUCUCCUAG